AUGUUUAGGUAUGAUUUCUACCCACCAGGCCGAGGAAAUGGAUUUAUAGAUUACAGUGACGACGAGGAUUUGGAUGCUGCCGAAAAUCUAACAGAAUUGCUUGCUGAUCAAACUGACCUAGCAGAUUUUAUAGGGUUUGGUAUUGUUCAAGAAAAUAUUGUCAUGGGAGAUACUGAAAAUACUGAAUCGAGUGAUGAUGAAUUCGAGCCAAGUCAAGAUGUUGUAGAGAAUAGUGAUAGCGACUUUCUUGUUGAUACAUCUGAAGAUGAUCAACAAAUGGAUCUGGACACUACAAUAAAAUCAUUAGAAAGCAAAGGCAAUGAAGCUUCAAGCAGUGGAACAUCUUCAAAAUCAGUAGAAAAACGUAUAAUUGACGAUUAUGAUUCAAAUGAUGAAGAAGAUGAAAUUGUAAGAAAAAUUUUGAAAGAAUUAAAGAAGCCACGCCUCAAGCCUCAAAAUAUCACUAUCGAAGAUUUUCCGACUGAUCUAUCAUUCCAUCCGGUAGAAAACAUUUUAGCUGUCGGAACAGUAAUGGGUGAUGUUAUGAUAUAUAAAUAUACAAAUGAAGAAAACAUAAUACUGAGCAGCCACGAGGUUCACACAAAAGCUAUUCGAGAUAUCGAGUUUAGCUUAGAUGGUCGCGAUAUAUAUUCGUGCUCAAGAGAUAAAUCGAUAAUGAUGACAGAUUUUGAGACAGGAAAAUUAAAAAGAUUCUGGGAUAAAGCUCAUGAUGAACCAAUUUACACAUUAACAGUACUAGAUGAAAACCUAAUUGCAACAGGUGAUGAUGAUGGGACUGUUAGAUUGUGGGAUACUCGUAUAAGAGAAUCAUCCCCUACCUUCAGUCUUAAAGAAGUUGAAGAUUACAUUUCCUGUAUUAUCACAAACAACCAAAAAAAAUUACUUGUAUGCUUAAGUGGAGAUGGUUAUGUUACUGCACUAAAUAUUGGCUCAAAAAAAAUGUUUGUUCAGUCAGAACCUUAUGAGGAAGAAUUAACAUGUGGCGGUAUAUUUAGAAACGAAAGUAAACUUGUAGUUGGAUCAUCAAAGGGAAAUUUUUACACUUUUAAUUGGGGUGAAUUUGGAUACCACAACGAUGCUUUCUCAGGACCUGUCACACCAAUAUCAUUGAUGUUACCAAUAACUGAGAGAAUAGCAAUUACUGCUGGUGAAGAAGGUAUCAUUAAAGCUAUGCACCUUGUUCCUGGUCGAGUACUUGGCAUAGUGGGUCAGCAUUCACUAGCUGUAGAGACAAUGGACAUCUGUAAUGACGGUGAAUUCAUUGCUACCAGUUCUCACGAUAACGACAUUCGUUUUUGGAACAUAAAGUACUUUGAAGAUUUUGAUGCAAUUAAUUAUAAUGAGAAACCCAGCAAAAAAGCAUCAAAAUACAAUCUUCCUUCUUCAUUACAUGCAAAUCGAUCCGAUUUCUUUGCUGAUUUAGCCUAAUUUCGUCAGUAUCUUGUUCUUGAAAUGAUGAAUAAAAAUGAUUGUAACGGAAUA